GAAACAGCUGACAAAGUUAAUGCUCUCAGAAUCGAAAUCAGCGAUAACAUAAGCGAUAUUGAGUAAUAUAAUUAAACUAGUACUUAAUGUGAACAGGGAUUGCGGCUAAAGGAGACUUGAGAGCCGUAAUUAAGAAGCAAACAUCUUGCGCAGCACAACAAAAUCACAAUAAGGAUGUACACAAAAAGGCUGCUGCUGCUGCUGCUACAGCACCUAGCGCUGCUGCUGAUGGUUACGAACUGCGUCAGGGGCAACCAGCAAAUGGCGGGCAGCAGGGAAAAGGUGCUGGCUGGAAUACAGGAGAGAUUUAUCAGUCUGGAGGAGUCGCAAACGUUGCCAGAGCCGCACACGCGCGAACAGGUUGAACUGUUGCGACAUUUAAACUUUGUGCCGCCGGCAAUAGACUUUGGCAAGUGGUCGGUGGGGCAAACGGUAACGCAGAUUGUGACGCUAUUUAAUCAGCACACAAAUCGCACCGUUCAUCUAAAUUCUGUCGCUGGGCCAAGCCCAGUGUUCUACAGCAGUUUCUUUGGAACGCGCGAGGUGCCGCCACAAGGCAACACAACAUUUAGCGUGGUAUUUUUACCCCGUCAACUUGGUGCCAUAUCAACGGGUCUGCUCAUCCAAACGUCCUUCGGUCGUGCCGAGUUUGAGGUGCGUGGCGAGGGUAGCGAGUGUCCCUAUCGCUUGAAGCCACUUGUCGGCAUUAAAGCGCCAAUGAAUGCAACACUCACGCCAGAGAUCCACAUGUAUAAUCCCCACGAGCGGCCGCUGCAGAUACUCGAGGUCUACAGCAGCGGGGGCGAGUUUCAAUUGGAGCUGCCCAGUGGUGUCUCGGAAGGACCACAAAAACUAUGGGAAAUCCCGCCACAUUCGCUAAAGCCAGUCAUACGGAUCUCGUUCCACGGACGCACCGCUGGCAACCACAGCGCGUAUAUACGUAUCAAAAUAGCUGAGCAAUCGGCGGACGAAUCAUCGCCGCUGGAGCAUCUCAACGAGAAUGUGCUAGUCAUACCCGUCGAAUUCGAAAUACUGCCCAAACACGGCGCCUAUGCCCGCAAUCCUCUAGCGGACUUUGGACGCCUUUCCACAGAUCAGCACGCGGAUGCGGUACGCAUCAAGCUGGAUAUGCAAAAUCAGCCCGUGGAUGCAGCACAGCGCCAACUUAUUGGCAACUAUCUGCGUGAUAUUCCAGGCCUCAGCUACGAUCCACACAAUGCCAGCAUUGUGCUCGAUCCCAAGCUGUUUGAGGAGAGCGCCAGUCUGAAUGAUUUGCUCGUGAUUGGGGAGGAGCAACAACAGCAGUUCACGGUCAUGAUACGUGCCGACAUCUUCAAAGGUGGCUUGUCCUUUGAUCGCAAUGUGACGCUGUUCAUCACCAGCUUGGGCAGCGAGGAGACGCCACUGGAAACACGGCGUACUCUGGUUGUGCGAAAUAACUUUGCCUUUCCCCUGAUGAUCUACAAUCUCAGUCUGACGGAACCCAUUGAUUCCGCACUGCUGGAGAUGUCAUCGCUGGAUCAGGAGCUUCUGCUGCAGCCGGGCGAAUCCGUGGAGCUGCUGCAACUGCAUCUGCUCAACGAGCAGGCCACAUUCAAGUCUAUGCUGCUCAUCGAGAGCAAUGUGACGAUAUUCGAGCUGCCCGUAAUCGCAUGCAGUGGACGGUUGCACGUGUCCACACAAGCAUUCAGUCUCCAAGUGCCCAGGGAUAGCGAUUACGGGCUGGAUCUGGAUCUGGGCACAGUGCCAUUUGCGGAGAAUUCACGCGAUGGCUUCAUCGUACUGCGCAACGACAAUCCUAUGCCCAUCAAGAUCACCAACUGGUACUUCAAGCCGCCAAUGAAUGUCUACUUUCAUGCUACCUUCCUGGGCUGCGUUCCCGCCGGCGUAAAUGCCACAGAGCCAAAGGAUGCGCAGGACAACAGCACAAGCUUUCAGUUUUGUAGCCAACUUGGCGAGGGCGAAAGUGCCGUCUUCAUAUUGUCCAUCAAAACGUAUGUGGCGGAGGAAAGUGCGGGCACGUUGAAGAUCUGGACACCCUACGAGCUCAUCCGGACGUCGGUGAAGUUCAAGGCGGCGGUGGGACAGCUGGACAUUGAGCACGAGCAGCUGCAGUUUAAGUCGUGCUUUCCCGGCAAGAUCUGCUCGGCGGUGUUGAGCAUACGCUCCAGUUUCCUGCAUCCGGUGCAUGUGAAGUCGGUGACGUUUUCAAGUCCUGGAUUGCGCUUCAAGGACUUUAAUGCCAAGGGCACAACAAUCGGAGCACAGACAUUGACCAAAGUGGGUCGCAUCUACUUUGAGCCAUCGGCAGUCUGUCGCUCCACGUGCUACAUUCGUCCGUCGUUCAACGAGCACUCGAUCUUUCCGAUUGCCAACAAUGGAGCUGGAGGAUCCGCGGGAUCUGGGCAGGCGAACAAUAAUCUGCUGUACGAUGGCGUCGAGGUCCGACAACGCACCGAACUUUAUCGCCAGUUCAAGCGACAGCUGCACUCCAUGUCCCUGACGCUCCAUAGCAAGGAGUUGCCUCCGUUGGAUCUGGACUUUAGCAUUGCCAUCGAGUGGCCGAAGCUGGUGCAGUAUCAGCCACUGCCGCCGACGCCCGCCAUUGAGGUUGGUCAGGUGCAACGGCAGUGGAUCACCAUGAGCAAUCCCACAGCGCAACCGCUGCUCCUCGACUACUUUCUGUCGGAUCCGGCGUUUGCCCGUCGCACCCAACUGUCGCUGCCCCACGAGGUGAUCGAUGUGAGCAGCAGCAGCUGCUACCUGACCGAUCAGGAUGUCUUCUCCCUGCCCGAUGCCCCCUUCGGUGGACCUGUGCUUCUUCCCGCCCUCGCCACGCUCACCAUUCCCGUGCAGUUCAGUGCCCAGCAGGCGGACAAGUACUGCACCCUGCUCCACGUUCGCAGCAAUCUCACGCUCUACGAGGCCGUUUGGCUAACGGCGCGCGCUGUCCAGUCCCAGUUUCGCUUUGGCAAUCGCCGACCCGGCUCCAGCACUCCGUUGCUCUUUGAACUCCAGCGAGAUGCAUUCGAACGCUGCGAUGGCACCUUGAAACCAACUGGGGAUCGGAAUCAGGAUCAGGAUGUUUCCUCAAGUCACAAUGUGGUGGCCACUCGCAGCUUUACGGCUCGCAAUGCUGGCGUCCUGCCCAUUAGGAUUGAGGGCUUCCUCAUUGGGAAGCGGCCAUGUGAGGGAUACGGGUUCAAGGUGCUCGAUUGCCAGGGAUUCGAGCUGCGUGAGAACGAGACCCGCAAGGUGGAGAUUAGCUUCAGCACGGACUUUACGGCAUCGCGUGUGCAACGGACUCUGACGCUCCUAACGAAUCUCAGCUAUGACAUCAACUAUCAGCUCCUGGCCCAGUUGCCGGCGGAGAGUGUGGAGCGUUGUGCCGCCAGCAUGCCACGCCCCCAUUGGGAGUCGGCGCUGCGCAAUGCGGCGCUUAUGGUGCUCCUGGCCACGUUCUGUCUGGUGCUUCUGGCUGCCGUCUUCGAUGCAAGGGCGAUUGUGGCCCAGCAGAGUGCCUACGAUGCGGCACGCUACAAGAGUCCAUUGCAGCCCACAUUCAACUUGCGCAACAUUGUCAAGAUGCAGGCUCCGGAUGAUGCAGCAGCCGCGACAUCAGCUGCUCUCAAGGCGGAACAACAGCAGAAACUCCGGAAUGGUCAGCUCAAGGAGCUGCGCAAACGCACAACAGCAACAACAACAGCAACAAUAACUUCUGGUGCGGAUAAGGUGAUCACACCCAAGUCGACCAAGCCCAAGUCGUGGACUGCAUGGAGCUUGGAUCUGUCUGCUCCAGCAACUGUUCAACCAAAGCCACCAACUAGUUCGCCAAAGCCCAGCAAGAAGACAACUCCCGUAGUCCAAACGCCUCCCACAAUUGUGCGCGUGCCAAAGAAACCGAAGCCCACAACGCCAGUUGGAGCCCCGCCCAAGCCAAAGGUGGACUCUCCGCCCGCGGAUGUCCAGGAGAAGGCCAAGGUCAGUCCGAGUGCCAAACCGCAGGAGAAUAUGUCACCGAAAGCAGCCAAAGCGAAUGUUGAAGCGCCCAAGGAACGUGUGCUCAAGGAGCAGAACGGCAGUGCCAAGAAGCUGGGCAAGACUCCGGGUCGAGAGCGACGCAAGGAACAGAAGUUAGCUUCGCCUAACGGGUUGGGAUCGGUUUCAGUAUCGGCAGCGGGAACGGGAACGGGCAAGAAGACAACGGAACGAAAGCAGCGCAACAAGCAGCUCAAUUUUAAUGGCAAUGUCAAUGGGAAUGGGAACGGCAACCAUGCAGGUGGAACUGGCAACAUCUCGCCGCUAUCCACGUCGGAUACGGAUGCAAUGAUCACCUCGCCGUGGGAGACCAGCAGUCGCGUCUCUUUUCGCGAUGUGCUCCAAACGAAGCCUUUGCCCGAUGUGGACAAUGGUCUUAACUGGAAUCCGGCAGGAAGUGAUCUGGCAAGCAGUCAACUGGGUCCCAUUGGCAGUCGAAAGAGUUGCCCGGCACAGGUGCCACAGGCGGUGACAUCGCUCUGGGAGCCACUGAUGACUCCCGAGGCAACGGUCACGAGCAAUGCGCUAAUGAAUUCGCUCUUUGAUAUUUCACAGCCAUCCGCUAUCGACAUGAACAACUUGGAUUUGCCAGCCUUAAAUGACCUUUGCAGCAACUUGUAUGAACGGGAUCAGUUGCAGCAGGCGCAGUGGGAACGCCAGGAGCAGUUGUUGAAGCAGCAACAGCAGCAGCAACUUCUGCUGGAGCGUCAACGGAAGCUGCAGCAGCAGGAGAAGCUAUUGCUCAUGUCCAACAUGGAGGGCAGCAAUUGGCCAAUGAAUCAUGCUACACCAGCUGCAACCUGGACGCCACUUGGAUAUGCCGCCUGGCCGAAUCAGGCUGUGAUGCGUACAUCGCCAACGCAUACCAUAACUCCUGGUGUGGGUGUCAUUCGCCCACCGCCAGGACUUGAAUCCAGUUACAAUAACAAGAAUUGUCAGUUGCCAGGAGCAGGAACGGGAACGGGACCUGGAACAGGAGCUGUCACAGGCGCAGCACCAAUAUCUAACAAUAACAAUAAUCAUAUCGAUGCACUGGCCACAUCGCACAACGCACAGCAACAACAAGAUCGGGGACAGAACAUGCCCACCCAAUAUGAUCCAUUUACCUCGCCAAGCUCAAUCUGGUCGGACAAUUGGCGCCAGCGCAACAAUCACAUGAACUGAAGGCUCGUAUCAAAGCUCACUGAUCAAAUUUAAGCAACCAAAUGAAAUUCUUACUCUUUAGACUUUUAGGAUUACGCUAAGAGACACCAUGAAACUGAAACAUGAUCUUUUUCAAUUUGACUUUUGACUAAAUAAACCGCAAAGAUUAAUGACUUUCAUAAUACAUAUGGACAAAUAUGUU